GGGGAGGAAGUCAGUAGUAUCGCGCCGGCUGCGCAAGAGCAGCCUGCAAGACAGAUUUUCCAAUAAUGAACAACCCGUGGUAACUGUCAGUCUGCUCGUGGUGCAUUCGUUGACUCUUUCUGUGCAUAGUGCGUCCCGGCGUGUGUUAAAAUGUGCUAUAUGAUUAAUUGAAUAUUCCAUUGAACGCGGAUUACUCGAAGAACGCCGAAAAUCCUGCCAUAAGACAGUCUAUUUUCCAUUCACGAUCAUUGAACAUUAUUGUCAUUGAGUGAUUUCGCAGUGAACCGUGAAAAUGGGAACAAGUAAUGACAAGAAUGAAAGUAAGACAGCUAAUAAAUGUAUCCUUUUCGAUUUGUUGUUCAUUCGUUCGGUUUAGUUUUUAAAAUUGGUGUUGAAACUAUUAAGUUAAAAAUUAAGAUGACGUCACUUAUAACCACGUGUGUUAAAAUAUCUUUGGAUGAUAGAAUAGAAUGUUUAUUCAAGAGGCUUUAUCUCUUCCGGAUAUAUUGAACAGUUCGUGUAUUACGUCGUAAGAAACAGAUUUGGAUUAGACAAGAAACUUACAUAAUAUGGAUUAAAUAUUAGAAAAACUUUUUUUCUUUCAAGUUUUGUGUCUUUAAUUGUAAAAAUCAAAAUAUAAUUAUUAAUUACAUUACAGGUGCGCGAUAUUCAAUAAACACGCGAUGGAGAGAAGAAAGUGAUGAUAAAAAUCGAAACGGAAGCCGCCACCGCCGCCGUACCAGCCCGAGUUCACGAGAUGGAGACUUUCCUCGGGGCACGCAUCAGUAUAGAAGGCGCGUAGAAUCAGGAUCGAAAGGGGAGCAUCGAGCACGGGAUCCAAGAUGGGCAAGUGUUGCAGCAAGCGGCAAGAGCCUCAACCCCUUGGUUAUAAGAAAGCAGAUACAGGACUAAGCUCGAAACACAGUAAUGGAGGUUCCUUGGAUCGGUACACUGCUGACCCAAAUCAAAGGGGUGUACAGGCUAGGGCAGACAUCAUUCGACCGAGGCCGACACCUUGUAAGCUACAAAUUCCUCACCAGUCACGUAAAACAAGCUCGCCUGUCGUUAAGCCUGCAUCGCAUUCACAGAGGUCGAACAAGAUCGUGGUGGCUCUGUACAAUUACACUGCGCGCGAGAGUACCGAUGUCAGUUUCGUAAAGGGUGACCGAAUGGAAGUAUUGGACGACUCCGAGCCCGACUGGUGGAAAGUUUUACACUUGACAACUUUGCAAGAAGGUCUCAUCCCGUGGAACUUUGUGGCCGUGGAGCGUUCGGUCGAGAGCGAGGAUUGGUUUUUCGAAAAUGUCUCGCGCAAAGAAGCCGGUAAGCUUCUUCUGGUGGAUGAAAAUCCUCGGGGAACAUUCUUGGUCCGACCCAGCGAGCACAAUCCAAGGGGAUACAGUUUAUCCGUGAAAGAUUGGGAGGAGGGAAGAGGUCAUCAUGUAAAACACUAUAAAAUUAAGCCACUGGACAAUGGGGGCUUCUUUAUUGCCACCAACCAGACAUUCCCAACUCUUCCUGCUCUUGUUAUGGCAUACAGCAAGAACGCGUUGGGUCUAUGUCACGUGCUCUCGAAACCAUGCCCGAAACCGCAGCCGGAUAUGUGGGAUCUCGGACCCGAGCUACGAGACAAAUGGGAGAUCAAUAGGAACGAGAUACAGCUAAUACGGAAAUUGGGUCAUGGGAAUUUCGGCGAGGUGUAUUACGGCAAGUGGAGGAACAAAAUCGAAGUGGCUGUGAAGACGUUGCGACCAGGGACCAUGUCGACAGAGGCAUUCCUACAAGAGGCGGCGAUUAUGAAACAGUUCCGGCACAGACACCUGGUCGCGUUGUACGCGAUCUGCUCGAAGGAGGAGCCGAUUUACAUCGUGCAGGAGUACAUGUGCAACGGUAGUUUGUUGGACUUUCUCAGGACGGGUGACGGCAAGUACAUGCAGUUCGAGGAUCUGAUUUAUAUCGCCGCCCAAGUGGCGUCCGGUAUGGAGCACCUCGAGAGCAAACAGUUGAUACACAGAGAUCUAGCAGCGAGGAACGUGCUGAUAGGCGAGAAGAACAAGGCGAAGAUAUGCGACUUCGGGCUGGCAAGGGCGAUCGAGGACGAUGAGUAUUGUCCCAAACAGGGAAGCAGAUUCCCCGUUAGGUGGACAGCGCCGGAAGCCAUUGUCUAUGGCAGAUUCAGCAUUAAGAGCGACGUUUGGUCUUACGGUGUCUUGCUAAUGGAGCUAUUCACUUAUGGCCAAGUUCCUUAUCCUGGUAUGCAGGGUCGCGAAGUAAUUGAGCAGAUCAAUAAAGGCUACCGAAUGCCUAAACCAUUGAAUCACCCGCUGCCGGACAGCAUUUACCGAUUAAUGUUGCAAUGCUGGGAUGCUAGCCCCGAGAAGCGACCCACUUUCGAGUUCCUUAAUCACUAUUUCGAGUCAUUCAAUGUAACUAGCGAAAUACCGUAUCUGGAACCACCAACGGACUGAUACACAGCUCACAUGCAGAGUCACCUGGUACCGCACGGUCAUUUUCAUCCAGCGCACAUCAAUUGUGCCAUGGAGUUUUAUGGUAUUUAUUGCUAAAUCUCUAGCAAUCAUUUGGAGAUUCUGUUACCGUGUUCUUCUUUUAUAUUGAAUAAUUCGCGGGUUUUCUGCGCGAACGAUGAAUUUCAAAAAAAAGUGGAGAAAGAAGAAAGAAAAAAAAAAGACCAAGAAACGAAAGAAAUGGUACAGAAAUUUUAUAAAUUAUAUAAAAUUGGUGGCGAAGAAUUUUGUAAACGUUACCAGAAUUUCUCGAAGCAAUCAUUGUUAAAGGCUGCCAAAAAGAAAAAGAAAAAAGAAAAGAAAAUAAUUCUGCGAUGAUCGAAAUUUAAAAAAUUAUUGAGCGUCAUCGAAAGAACAUCUCAAGAACAAUGAUCUUGUGUGCCAUUGAACUUUAUGAGAAAAAAAAAUAAAAAAAUAAAAAAAAUCUUAUUCAAUACUGUGAAGAGGUAUUUUCAAGAUCUUGUGAACUUUUGUGACCAAUCAUGGAUAACUGCCGAUUAAUAAUAACGAGUAAAACGUUGCGACUGAAAAUAAAAAUUCUCUAGAAUGUCUCUACCCGCUAUGUAUCCAGUAUAUUAUAUUAUAGAAUUUAAAAAUGGAAUCAUUCUCAACGUUCGAGCUAUUUAUUAAGCAUUUUCACAAUUUGGAGAAUAUAUUAAAAAUAUUUGACAAUGAUAUCUUACUAAAAAAAAAAAAAAAAAAAUGUUUAGAGGGUAGAACGAAACCAGUUGAGAAUUUAAAAGUAGAAUUUUAAAUAGUAGACGAUAUAACCGAUUAUAUUAAUCCGUCAAUGUAUGAUUACAACGCCGAUAAAUGGAAGUGUCGCGACAUUUAUAACAUAUAAUCUAAGCGAUUGCUUCUUUUUGAUCUUUUUGAUCUCGAAUCAAUCGCGACUGAUUUUUCCUAAGAUCCAAAUAAUUUUUCUUUUUUUUUUUUUUUUUGAAUUUGAUCCUUGAAAAUUACACAAUUUUGUGCAUCAUAUCGAUUAUUGAAUGCACGAGUCUCUGUAUCGAAAUACAAUCACAUUCUAUUAAUGUGUACCUAGUUGUAUGCAAGUUUUGAUUUCGAACGAUACGUCGAGUAGGACAAUAUUUUAUACGAGAAAUUAAUACGUUUUAUAUACGUAAAUGAAGAAAAUUUUUUCGAUGUAUUUUUGUUCUGUGAACAGUAUAUCCCAAAUAUAUAUGAUUCGAAAGCACACGUUCGUUUCUCCGAUAUAUACAAACUUAUAUAUUUUUUUUUCUUUUUUUUACUGUGAUCAUAAUCUAUUUAAAAAAAAAACUGAGAACUAUUUGUUCUAUAAAAAAUCAAUAAUAUCUUAUAAUAUUAAUUUAAGAUUUUUUUUUAUAAUUCAAUAUGAGAAUAAGAAAUUAUUGAUAAUAAAAAUAAACGUGCGUUAUACGACUGCAUGUCGCCACGAGAGGUGACAUUUUUUUGAAAAUAUUCGAAAAAAAUUUCGAACUAUGUAAAUCUAUUAAGAAAAGAAAAAAAAGAUAAAACAAAAUAAAAAAAUAAAAAAUUAGAGAUACUUGAAGGUAAAAAUUAAGUCAUCGAUGUUGCUCGUACAAAGUGUUUGAAAAAAAAUUGUAAAUUUUCUACUAAAUAUACAAAUGACAGGUUAGGAUAGAAUUUAGACGAUAGAACCGUGAGGUAGUUAUAAAUCUUCUCGAGAUGUGAAACGCCAAAUAUCCUUUUUUUUUUUUUUCAUAAUUCCGUUGUACAAGAUCUUUCUCGGAUAAAGGUUUCGAUCUCGAGGAAAGUUUCGAUAUAUCGUUGUCUCGUCAUGGUCGUUCUUCGCGGAACGUAUUGUUAGACAUAAGUCCCUAGGCGUACAUUGAAUUAUUUCACGAUAAACAAGAUGAGCCAUUAUGACACUUUAGAUAUUAAAACAUUUAAACAAAUAAGAACAAAAAAAAAGAUGGAAGCGAAUGAAUGGAUAAAAAUAUCGGGUAUAUGAAUAAAAUGAUAGAGUAUAUGAAUAUAUGAAAGUACGAAUGAUGAUAGGAUUACAUGUGUGAGUGUAGUGAAUUGUUACACCCGUGAAUGUGUGGUAUUUUUUUCACGCGCAUCUUGCCGUGACAUUAAGAAACGAGCAAUAAAAUGUCGUGCUUCUUGUACGGCCCGUAACUAUUGCUCAAUAGAAAAAAAAUUAUCAUUUUCGCAAAUGAACAUUUCCGUGAAAAGAAAAAUAACAAAUGUCUGACAAAUCAGUGUUUGUUGGUUGUCUAGUGACAAACUUCGUGUUUAACACGGACACCGAUACAUUCGAAUACUUUUGUGGCUUAUGUUUAUUGGGAUUCGUCGCGAACUCGACAUUAUAUUGCACAUAUUAUAUAGUAUACCAAUAAAUAUAAUGUUUUUUACUAUAAUUAGCGAGGCAAACACCACAUACCUUCGUUGUGUGAGUUGACUAAUUUAUUCUAUAUAGUAUGAUGCGAUGAAUGCACGUGAAAAAGCAUCAUGUUUAUGUAGAGUUAGAAAGGUAGUUGUAUUACGUCCAGUAAACUUUUUCUAUGAGCGUUUUAUACCGAUCAAAAUGUUGUUGUGUUUCUCAUGAAGAAUGGUCAUUUAAGAUUUUUCGCUAAAGAUCAUGUUGUCGCCAUAAAUCGUAGACGUAUGAAAUACAAAUCAUGCACGAAUUCAAUUCGUCGAACGAUGGAAUAUAUCCAUCAUUCGUAUAGAAAGUAUAUACGUUUGAUUUCUCUAUCUUGAACAUGUCUCACUGUCGCAUUUAUAUCAUUUUAUCCAAGCAAGACGAAGAGAAUAGUAUAUAUAAAUGUUAAAUACUGGUAAGGGCAUCAUGUGGCCUUUCCAUUGGACCUAGAGACUGAUAUUAUUUAAACAAAAAAAAAAAAAAAAUAGUUGCAUUUGAAUUUAUAUUUGAUGAUUACACUCGAAGAAAUUUUUCACGUGAAUAUCGAAUUAUGAAUAAUUGAAAUUUCAAAUUUUCUUAUGACAUUAGUACAAUUUGGUAAUAAUUCAGAUUUUAUAUCAAUUAUAUAUCUGAAAAAUUAUGAUAAUUCUUCAUCAGUCCAUGUUCAAAUUAGAAAUUCAAGAAAAUAUUGUAGAGAGAAAAUAUUAUCUCUUGAGAUAAUAAACUUUAAGAUUUUUAAAUAAAACAAAAAUAACAAUUGUAACAAUAUAUCGAAAUUGAAUUCUGGUCGGGAGACGCUGCGUGUUUUCAAUCAAUUGUAACAUAUGAUAAAAUUACAGUUCAUAAUGAAAUUAUCAUAAAAGCAAUAAUGUUAUCGUUAUUAUGCUUUUAAUCAAAGCAAAGUAUAUCGUACUCGAUAUACUAAUUGAUUUAAAGCUAUUAAUUUUUUAAUAUUUCUGGAGUAUUCGUUACCGCAUAUAAAUAUAGAAUAUUAAGAUUGUAGAUUUAGAGUUUUUCACUAAAUUUUUGUAACAUAUACAUAUAUAUAUAUAAAUGUUUGUCCUCAUAAUCAAUCGAGAUAAUUAUAAAUCGAUAAUUAUAAAUCGAGUAGUACUUCAUAACACUAGUUCUAUUUUUACUACUUUUAUCUAGUAGCUAUUUUUACUGCUUAAGUAUCAUAAAAUCAUAAAAUUACUUUUAAUUUUAAAAUAUGAAUUAUAACUUAUAUUGUAAUUUAUAUAUUUUUUUUUUAACACUGCGUCUCUCGACUUGGAGACAAGUUUCCUUCCUUAAUUUGUAAAGUACGUUUGAAAUUUGCAUCUUUUUCAACCUUUCUAUUUUAAAAAUUUGUUUCGUUGUGGCUCCGUUCAAAUGAAAUUUUAAUAAAUCUGUGAUAUAGUGACAGACCUCAUGUUUUGAUACAGAGUUUGAUUAUUGCGCGGAGCUACCAACGAAAUUAACAUGUCAAAUUAUUUAAUAACCCUUUGUAAAUGUUAAAAAUGAAAACAGUCACGUGAUGCGCACACCAAAUAGAUGGAUAUUUUUUAAUGCAUUUAGGCUUUUGUCAAGAUUUUCACAAUACACCGCGCGUCAACAUGGUUCACUCGUACCUAAAGUAAAAAUGGAUCAAUAUAUCGUCAUUGUUUACGUACCAAAGCUUAUUAUCAUUAAGUAAUUUAAUAGUUACUUUAUAUCAUUGUAUUAAGUACUAUAAGCCUAUGCAGAUAAAUAUAUUAUGUAUCAUAUUAACAGAAAA